GAUUCGCCGCUGCCGCCAUAGCCAUAGCCAUAGCCAUAGCCAUAGCCGAAGCUGUCUCGAUGCUGUGGAGGGGCCUCUAUUCGUCCCCUCUUCAACGAAGAGGCCUCCAAUUUGCCAGUCGUAAGGCGUUCGAUCUGGUUCAGCGGGGUUGUUCUCCGCCGAAGGGAUCUAAUCACGCAGCCAUCGCCGCCGCCAGAGGCUUAGUGAUAGAGGGGGGAGGGGAGGGGUGUCAUUCUCCGCCGAAGGGAGGUGGUACAGCAAGCUUGGUGGGAAAGAACGUGAUGGCUAUGGAUGGCGGCCUCGGGGGCGGCGGCGGCGGCGGCGGCGGCGGCGGGGGGGGGAAGGCGGCGGCUGUUGCGCCUGCUGCGGUCGUUGAAGUGUCGCACUCGAGAGUUAGCAGCGCCGCCUCCGCGACGCCGUCACUAGGGGGAGGGGGUUCCAACUCUGGAUUCAAGAUCUACACUAAGACGGGCGAUCUGGGCACAUCGUCGCUAUACAACGGCGAGCGGCGGAGAAAGGAUGACCCCACAUUCGAGGCGCUGGGCGACGUCGAUGAACUCAAUAGUGCCCUGGGCGUCGCACACGCCUUUUGUGAGGGAUGUGGGACAGUGGGCGACGUCAUUCGGAUGCAGAUUGAAGAGAUCCAAUCAAGGCUGCUUGAUGUCGGAUCGGCGGUCGCGACCCCGAUCGGUCGAUCUGCUACUCGCAAGAUAGAUCGGACUAGAUUCGAUCCCCGGGCUGUGGAGAGACUAGAAAGAUGGAUAGAUGCAAUGGAUCUCGAACUGCCUCAGCUGCGCGCCUUCAUUCUCCCCUCCGGAGGGCUGGUGAGCGCUCAUCUCCACGUGGCGCGCUCGCUGUGCAGACGUGCGGAGCGCCGAGUCACUCCGCUUGUUGCAGAGAACCUGGUCGAUGAUGUCGUUGGCAGGUUUCUCAAUCGCUUGAGUGAUUUUCUGUUCACGGCGGCGCGCUUCGUCGCCUUCAAAAUUGGCCACACGGAGGUCGUCUACAAAAAAGCGUCUACCUAGAUGUCAGUUUCUCUCCCAACGACUCUUUUCCAGACUCUCUUUUCUUUCUUUUUUUUUCCCCCAUGUUUUUGAUACGAGAGAGAGAAGAGACCCCUUUGUCCUGUGUGUGUGUGCUGUCUCUUAUACACAUCUAGAUGUGUAUAAGAGACAGGUGUGUGUGUGUGUGUGUGUGUGUGUGAGAGAGAGAGAGAGAGAGAGAGAGAGAGAGAGAGAGAGAGAGAGAGAGAGAGAGAGAGGAUGGAAGUGCGUGAUAAGAAAUAAAUAGUGCGUGAGUUUUCAGAGAAGGUGGGCAUGAGGGGGGGGGGGGAGGUGGUAGAUAGAUGAACAAGGACGGAGUGGUUUAGCGUGUGUUGAUUGUAUCGAUUGAAGAGAUUGAAGGGAUGCUUUAUGGUGGGUUGACUUCAUUAUGUGUCAUCGAUCUCGCCACGGAAACGCAAGAAAAGGCGUCAAGAGGUGAUGGUUCACUUCAUUAUGUGUCAAUCUCGCUUUGUGGUUCAUUUACAUUAUGUGUCACCUCUUCGAAACGGAGAUCUUCAAGACGCUCGGCAUCAUGAUGGUGAUGUUCGAAAUAGGGGUGAUCUCCUGUCGAAAAUUUACGGUGAGUUUGGUUGACGGAGUGAAGAGAAUCUGGUUGGGUAGGACAGGUGGCAGAGAUGGAGGAUGAGAAGCGCCAGGGUUGACAUACAUGAUGACAAGCGGCAGGGAUGACAGGAUGGCAGGUGGACAGUGAUUGCCAGGCGACGGGGAUGGCAGGUGGCGCGAAUGACAGGAUGACAGGUGGCGGGAUAUUGGGAUGAUAGGAUGACACGUGGCAGGGACAACAGGAUGGCACGUGGCGGGAUGACAGGAUUACACGUGGCAGGUACGACACGUGGCGGGAUGACAGGUGGCAGGUACGACAGCAAAACAGGUGGAGGAGUGAAACAGGUGGCAGGGAUGACAGGAUGACACGUGGCGGGAUGACAGGAUGACAGGAUGACGGGUGGCGGGAUGACAGGAUGACAGGAUGACGGGUGGCGGGAUGACAGGUGGCAGGGAUGACAGGAGGAGAGGUGGCAAAGAAGCGCUUUAGGGCCUCCGCUUCACUACUCUCGAAAUGUGCAAAAUGAGACUGAAUCCGCCGCUAGAACCUGGAAAGAUACAUUUCGAUAUUUUUUGUCUUUUGUGCAUGUCGAGAGUAGUGGAGCGAGGCCCUUUGUUUUUUAGAAUUAGAAGAAAAAAAAAACGAAGAAAAAAAAAAAGACGACGGAUAUGACAGGUGGCAAAGGUGAGUGGAUGGCAUUGGGUGCCAUGUGGCUGGGAUGAUGACAGGUGGCAGGGAUGAUGGGUGGCGCAGAAGACAGGAUGACAAGUGGAAGGGAGAUAUCGUUACAGGAUGGCAGGCGGCAGUGGCGGCCAGGUGGCAGGGAUGAUAGCUUGUCGGGAUGACACGUGGCGCCAAUGACAGGACAAGAGGCGGUGAUGAUGACAGGAUGACACGUGGCAGAAAGAAUGACAGUUGAGCGGCGGAACUGGUUGCCAGGUGUUGGGGAUGACAGGUGGCAGAGAGCACAGGAUGAGAGAAUGGCAAGGAUGUGAGAUGACACGUGUGUACAGGGAUGAUAGGUGACACGGCUGGGAUGACACGUGUGUACAGGAAUGAUAGGUGGCACGGAUGAAAUGACACGUGUGUACAGGGAUAACAGGUGGCACGGAUGAAAUGACACGUCUGGCACGUGGCAGAUAUGACUCGUAGUACGGAUGGGAUGACACGUGGCACGGACUGUGACAGGGAUACCAGCUGGCACGAAUGGGAUGACACGUGGCACGGAUGACAGAUGGCAGGGUUAUCUCAUGACUGCAAACGACGGUGCUGCCACUGUUACGUUAAAAAAAAACUGGUUUUUGCAUCACCAGCGGAGGUGCAACGGAUCGAGUCCUGUUCCGCUUCUGUGUUGGUCUUGUUUUACUACUAGUGCGCUACGAGCGGUUUACUUCUGGCGCGGGUGGAGUGGUCUUAUAGGCUAUUUCUUUUUUUUUUUUCUUUUUUUUUGUUGUUAUAGGCUAUUUGUGGCUCGGUUGUAGUGGUGUUUAGGCUAUCUUCUGGCUGUGGUGGGGAGUGCCUUUGGGCUAUUUCUGUGGGGACUGGUUUUGGGCUAUUUCUGGAUGCGGUAGAGUGGUUUAGGCGACCUUUUGGGCCUCAGGCAUUUGACGACCGAUCGAUUUAGCUGUUUGUUGUCAUGGUCUUGCAUUUUUUAGUGAUUAGGCUUUACUUACCUACCGAUUUAUCGCUAUCGUUUUUCUUUGUUUUUUUCUUUUGGCUCUUCGUUUCCCCCGUUCGUUUGCUUUUUUUUUUUGUGUGUCCCACGAUACAUGACAAACGGAAUCGAAAAAAUCCUCUUUCUGAUCCUCAUCCUCAUCCUUAUCAUCAUCCUCGUCACCAUCCUCACCAUACAUCCUCCUCCUCCCUCUUCCUCCUCCCUCCUCUUCAUCAUCCUCGUCAUCAUCAUCCUCACCAUCCUCCUCCUCCCUCCUCUUCAUCAUCCUCGUCCUCGUCCUCAUCAUCAUCCUCAUCCUCAUCCUCAUCCUCAUCCUCGACAUCCUCAUCAUCCUCAUCAUCAUCCUCAACAGGUCAAUCGAAAAAAUCAUCCGCAUGGUCUUGCAAGUUUCUUGAUUAGGCUUUACCUACCGAUUUAUCGCUAUCUUGCGCCUCACCAUCAGCCUCAUCCUCAUCAUCCUCAUCAUCCUCAUCAUCCUCAUCAUCCUCAUCCUCAUUAUCAUCCUCAUCAUCAUCCUCAUCCUCAUCCUCAUCAUCCUCAUCGUCAUCAUUGGUCGGUAUGUACAAAUGAGAGGCAUGAGGGAUCCGAGCGGAGCAGGCAGAUUGAACAAAGCUGUGAGGGCUCA